AUGACCUCACCCACGGGUCAGUUCUAUCAGCCUGAGCCUCAGUCACAGAAUUCCGGAACACAGAGAUCUAAUCCUUCGAGCUUGAUCCAGAAUGGAUCAGUUCAACCAGCUAAAUCGACCCAAAACGAUUCGUCCCAAAUUGGCGUGCAGCGCGAUGAUCAGCCAAAGGACUGUGCAGCACCCAGAGUACGUGGUGACUUCUGCAAACGUACCAUUUCAUAUAUGACUUAUCCUUUAUCUCGAAAUCUUCUAUUUCCAGAGCUAUGCCAGCCAUUCAUGUAUAACGGCUGUAAUGGAAAUGGUAAUCGCUUUGAGACCGCUGCAGAGUGUAAAAGUCUCUGCAUAGACAGUAAUACAGCCACUCAACAACACCACGACGACUCGGCAUCGCUACAGCAAGCGAUGAAAGCUGCCUGCGGUGGUGAGUACGCCGUCGACCAUUUGACACCUCAGCAAUGUGGAAGCAAUGGCCAGCAGUGCUCGACCGGAUAUCAGUGCAGCUCCGAGUUCUGCUGUCCAACACCAGAUUACCUCUGCAAUCUUCGUUACGAUUCUGGAAAGUUCGCUGUUGGAGGUGAAAAGAGUGACCGUUACUUCUACACCAGCCAGUACAGGACCUGCAUGAGAUUCUCCUUCUAUGGAACCCUUGGGAAUGAGAACAACUUCCCUGACUACAACACGUGUAUGAGAACUUGUGGGUCUCAGCAAUGA